AUGGAAGAACUUUAUCGUAAAAUUCCUUGCAGAGAAAGUCAACUCAAUGAUUUGUUCAAUCUAUUUGGAGAUUAUGAUGAACCGUUACCUUGUUCUUUAUUUCUUAGUGGUAAUAUGGGAACCGGUAAGACACUUUGUUUAACUUCAGUUCUACGAUAUUUGGGCUACAAACACGUUAUAAUUGAUUGCAUUGAAUGUUAUACGAUAAAGAUCAUCUGUGAAACAAUACUAUGUGGGCUGAAUACAACUGAAAUUGACAUUAAAUGUGAAUCUAUCUUAGACUUUACGAAUGCUAUAAAUCGAAUUAAUUUAAAUAUAACGCAAUAUCAGCCCGUCGUUCUGAUCUUUGAUAGAGCGGAAAGGCUUCGGAGUAUGGAUCAAAGUAUAAUAAGUGCAUUUUUGAGAUUGCGUGAACUUUGUAACCUCAACAUCUGUACAGUGUUUGUGACACAUUUGGUUUACGAUAGCUUCUACUUCAAAAUGGGAGUAAGAGAACCUAUCAAAAUUUACUUUUCAAAUUAUAAUAAAGAAGAAUUGUUUAAAAUUAUAUUUCUAAAUAAAGAAUCAUUCACCCAUCACAUAUUAAAGAGUCAUGAUGUCGACUAUGAUGUAAAAAUUGAAUUAGAAAAGCCUGAGCUGUUUGCUAAUUUUCUAAAUGCAUUCCUUAGUGUCUUCUAUAGACCAUGUCGCGAUUUAAUUGAAUUACAAUACAUGGCAAGAGUUAAUUUUGUUAAAUACUGUGAACCUAUAAUAAAAAAUGAGAUACAGUCUCAAGAUCUAUCAAAGCUGUGGCGUCACAUAUCACCAAUUUUGAAGACCAGCCUUGAACUCUUAUAUCUGCGUUUAAGUUCAACUCAAUUAUCCAAUCCGUCUCCUGGAAAGGAGAAUAGUGAUAACAUAGAAAGUUAUAACUUUGAAAGUACAUUAAAAGAGGAGCUCACUUGUACUAAAACAUUUGCCCAGAGUUUUGAAUUACCUUACUAUGCUAAGUUUUUAUUAAUCGCUGCAUAUUUAGCCAGUUACAAUCCACCAAAGGAGGACAAGAGAUUGUUCAUGAAAAAUCAUGGGAAACAACGUAAGAGGCUACAACAGGUGAAAGCAAAGGCUAAAAUAAAUGAGAAAUUGAACACACAACUGGGUCCCAAAGUAUUUACACUAGAUAGAUUGCUUGCAAUAUUUUACGCCAUUUUAGAGGAGAAAAUUGGUUUGACAAGUAAUCUAUUGGCACAGAUUGCAACAUUAGUGGAACUAAAACUGAUUGCCGGCAGCAAAGAAAUAGAUUUGGACACAGCCAAAUAUAAAUGCAUAGUUGGCUAUGAUUUUAUAUCGGCUGUUGCUCAGACAGUCUCUUUUAAUGUUAGAAAGUAUCUGUAUGAUUUUAUGUGA